CACUGAGUUGUUUCAUUUCAACGAUUUUUUUGUGAAACGAUUUUCAGAGUGAGACAGGAAGAGCUUUUGUCUUACUAAUAUUUGCAUUUUGUUUCUCGGCACAAGAGCGAAGCUUUGGUUUAAGUUGUGCGCUCUCCGAGACAAGACAUAUGAAUAAAAACGGUUCUGUCUAAAAAUAAGCCUCUGGGCCAUCAAAAUCUAGAGCCCUCUCAGCCCUCUGCAGUCCCAAAGCGGAAGCAGGUUCUAGGCCGGUCUGUUACCGAUUGCCCCCCCCCCCAAAAAAUGUCCGACGACGAGGCACCUGGAUUCUCCCUAGAAUAUGAGGCGCUAGUCGGGCUCCUCAACACGAGAAUAUCAGCCGGUCCCUUAGGCAUCGAAAUCCUCCCCGAUGCGAGUUUCAUGGUAUCUCCUGGCCGCGUCGCCGAGAUCGUAAACAACACCCUCGGCGUACCCAAACCCGUUCUCGCCAAAGCCUUCAUCGCCGCUCGUCGGAUCUUCUUCGAGCACGUGGACAACCUGGCCGAGAACGCGGAACUCAUCCUCGACACCACCUCCAUCAUCCUUCUCUUCGACCCUGAGCACAUCACCGCUGCCAAUGCGCGGAAGCGGAUCUGUCUCGGCUUCCCCUACCGCGCGCGCUCUGAGCCCGAGCAGCUCAGGCGGCUGGAGGAGGAGUUAUGGUUCAGCAGGUUUCUGCUCAUUUCGAGGCUGAAGCGGCAUAAUAAGUCUCCGACGCUGUGGGCGCAUCGGAGGUGGCUGAUCAAGAACUUCUAUUCGUUGGGGGGGUUGUUACUGGAGCCGAAAUGGGUGCUGUUUGAGAUCGAGGAGGUGGGGCUGAUUUCGGCGGAGAACCAUCCUAGGAAUUACUACGCGUGGGAUUAUAUGCGUUGGUUGAUCGCGGAGAGGCCGGGGUUGGAUCAGAAGACGAGGUCGGAGUUGAAUAGGCCGCUGGCGAAUAUGAUGGAGAAGUGGUGUAAGCAUCAUACCAGCGAUACGUCUGGGUGGUCGUUUCUGGCGUGGAUGAUACUGCGGCAACCGCAGACCGACCCGCGCGCUGGUCAGAAUUUACAGGCCCAUGUCGGGGCGGAGAUUCUGGACUAUGCGAUGUUGUUGGGGUUGAAGAACUUGUCGUUGUGGAAGUUUUUGCAGGAGAUUUUGGGGUUUCCGAAGAGUGAGGAGGUGGAUGACGUGAGGUUACAGUAUUUGACGGAGUUGAGCGAUUUGAGGGCAGGUGAGCCGAAGGGGUCGGCGUUGCAGGUGUUUGCGACGAAGAGUUUGAUUGCUAUUGGGAAGUACGAAGAAUCCAGAACAGGAUUGAAGAUGAUGGUUGGUGGUUUGGUGGUUUAAACGACCGUUUAUGAAGCUAUAUGAAGAUACACCAGAUUACGAUUGAGAAUGAUAGUGUCAGUUUUAAUGGCCGUCUACGAAGUUAUAUGAAGAAGCCAAGCCCUCACAGAGAACACUGGGUGCCAUUGGGAAUGAAGCGCUGCUUGUUAUAGAUUGUCCAUCAACAAAAUACUAAGUUAUAUAAUUCCUUCCAUCACGAAUAUUAACCAUCCUCAAGAAAAUCACCCCCACGAAAACAUGAAACACAUCCAACUAUCACGUUAAAAGCG